AUGGAUCCCUCAACAGAUACUCCGGAUGAUAUGACCAUAGUCCCUCCCUCAUACGCCGACGACGGCUUGUUGCAGGCCACCACCGCAGUGAAGAAUCAACGCUACGACACGGAUACUAUUGUCUAUCCUACUGAGAUCAGGAUCCCUGCCAGCACUCAUAGCGCCACAUGCCUUCCCGAGUGCGUUUUACCUUGCGUGUUCGAGAGCGAGGCACUCACUUCGGCCAGACCCGCUUAUGUACCUCAAGGGUGGACGCCACACAUCAAUCCUGAAGGUGCACCAUACUGGGUGAACACAUUGCCGACUAUAUGCAUCGUCACGGACGCCCCGAUGCAUAAGCGGGACGUUUACGAGAAGGUGCUGGCCUCCACCGAGAUGAUACAAGACUUUGCAGAGCGUCUCGACUUCAAGUGGCCGAAGAAUAGCGAGCUCUACGUGCGGCCUCAGGAAGGCAAUGAUGGCUGCGCCUACUACAUCGUAGACCAUGACUACCAGACAGAGUUGUGGUUGCAGGAUAUGGAUACCCAAGUCUUGGACAUCCCGGAUGCUUCGUCCAUGGACCAUCUCAAUCAUUUGACCUCAGAAUCCUCGCACUUCCCGUACAACGCCGACAUGUGCGAGAAAUUCGUCAAGAUUCUCGACGGAAAAUAUGACACAGAUCCGUACACGACCUGGAUCGCCGGUAUGUGCUUCGCUGGCGUCAAGUGGUCCUGUUUCACUGAACCCUCUCCUAGCGCGCCUUUGGCAUGCAAUUGGUUCACCCAGUUCCAUGGAGAAGACCAUGCGCGGCUGCACAGAUUCCAGAGGCGAUGUGAGGUGCCGCUCGUCGUCAACAAUGCAAUGAUGCGGCUGUGCUCGAGGCUUCUCUUCGGGAUGCCGACAGACAUACAGGAAAGCCUAGGACGGCUCUACAUUGAUCGUGUGACGUAUGACAUGCACUGGCGAACCUUCAUAUCCGCGCAAAUAUGCGGCUGGCGGGAGUCCGCGUACUUGCGCGGUAUCGGCCUCCACUACAAAAUCCGGAAAUGUCGUAUAUCGGUGCACCGGAUUGAUCUCUGCGGUCCUCGCACUGGGUUCCUUGACUGCAAGUAUCAUCCUGAUGCACCUGUACUCCAGGGCGGGGGAGUACAACGCAAACACCGCAGGUUUUGGCCAGUCGCUCUGGCAUACAGCCUCCCAAAAGCCUUGCUGUACUGGACUGUGGCCUCUCUGGCUGUGCACUUCCUCGUAGCCGUGACGUAG